GUUGAGGUACGCAGGGCUUAACAUAUGGAUUCCAAUAGACUUAUAGAUGCACAAUUUGACCGGGCUGUCGAAAUCGUGCAGGGCCUACCGAAAACUGGCCCCAUCCAAACUGGCUAUGAAGAGAAACUGGCACUGUACAGGUGAGUGAGUCAUCGUGGAGAUGCAUAAGUGUACUGGCACCAUCUAAGCAUGGUUCCGCGGGGAGCGCUGUAGUCUGUAUAAACAAGCUACGGUUGGGAAUGUAAAGCAAUCUCGACCAGGCAUGUGGGAUAUGCUCGGACGAGCCAAGUGGGAUGCUUGGGCCAGACAAAAGGAUCUCGGUUCUGCUGAGGCAAAGUGGCACUACGUCGAGACUCUUCAAAAGAUCUUGAGAAAGUACCCCGAGUCCACGACAGCCCGGGAUCUCAGCAAUGAGCUGGCGUCCUUCAGUGGGGAUCCUUCCAAUCUUGUCAUCAGCGCUCGCACUUCAGCUCAGGAACGUGAGUCUUCUUCUUCGGCAGGGUCAGAGUCCGACGAUGAAGAGGAACAAGUCAUUCGCCACCAAUUUAUGCCGCAAUACCCUCGCGACGACGCACAGUCUACCUGGAGAUCCAUCCCUCAAGAAUCAUCCGAAGAGGAUGGGAAUGUCUCAGAAGAUGGCCCCAAACCCAUUGGUCUCCCCCGCCCGACGUCUGCUAUCUCCUCCCAACAACGAUACCGCACUCCCUUAGGAGGCAUGUCAAGCGGUAUGCCCGUUUCAUACUCCCCAGCCAUCCCACCACCGAACGUCGGCGCCAAUUUCCCGAUACAGCAACCUCUUCCUCGAUACUCUACCCCUUCCGCGUUUUCACCCACAGUUCCGGAGGAAUCGGUUGGAACCGGAACACCUAGCAUUCCGUCAUCUUUCCCAACAACGAAUACCAAUUCAUAUGUGCCUGUCCACCCUCAGCAGCACAUCCAACCCUACUCGUUUCGGGCCCCGCUCCAACAUCCCGGAACUGGUCCACGGACACCGCUUGGUAUGCGUCGACCCAGUUCUGCGCGACCACAGCUUGAGCGGGCCGUGGAGUCAGUUCAGUCAUCCCUUGCUGCUCUUCGGGAGCGUGUGGACACCCUUGAAGGUUCACAUUCCAAUACAUCUCUCUUGCCAGGCAGUCCAUCUCCUGUUGGAAAUCAAAUCAACCACCAUAAUCUAUCCGCCUCGCUACACUGGGACCCAAGCGAGAUGGGUCUCUGGUCUGUUAUCCUCGUUCCACUCUCGAAGAUCUUCUCGAAACUUCAAUAUCUCUUACUCAUUCUCCUCACCCCACCUCCCAAAAUGCGUGGCAACACAUUACGAUCCCUGACGAGGCGGAUCGUUCUGGAUGCAACGUUCAUGUGGGCCUUGUUUCUGGUGCUUCGUUCCGUUUGGAGAAAGACAGGAAUACGAAGACGCGAAGUGAACCGGGCAUUGAAGCUCGUGAUAAUUGCCCUGUUAGGUCGGAGGGAGAGAAUCAUGGUGGAUAAAGGCGUCUGAUGUACCGUCCUCAUUUUGAAUCAAUCUAUCGGAAUCUUGUCACUCAUUAUGUUACACCGAUUCGCCGAUUAUGCUCCGCUUUUCAUUUUGAUUCAGGAUUUAUGCGGGUAUUAAUUAAUCAUGCUACAAUACUUAAGGACCAGCCAUGCAGUCG